UGUGACUGGAUACGGAAAGUGAAGAGUUAAACGGAGCGAAGAUGUCGGCGAUGGACGAGCAGGGCAUGAACGAGAAGAACCGCGCCAUCUGUUUCCUGCAGCAGCGGCCGAUCAACGUGUUCAGCCGGGCCUUCGAGAAGCAGAACACCUACUUCGAGACAGCCAUCCAGUCUCUGGACUCCCUGAACGAGCAGAUCGUGCGCUACGUUCUGAGCUCGCCAGGAGGAGGACCACCGGACGACAACGCCUUGGCCGAGGCACACCAGCCGCGGCCACAGUCGGAAGAACAACAGCCGCUGCAAGGCAAGCAUCGCCCUGUGCAGGGCACCAAGCACCAGGCGGCGGCCGGGGGGCGGGCAGCAGGCGAGGGGGCGACGCUCGUAGGCGGCGGCCAUGAGCAGCAGGUGGCGCUGCAGUCCUCGAUGGCGCUCAUGCGCAGACUACUGGUGGACGCCCAGGCCAAGUUCCGAAACAUGAUGGACGACAACAAGGCGCUUGCUUCACGCAUCGACGGCGACCUGCAACAGGCUCAUCAAGAAGUGUCGCAGUUGCGCGCCGAGCUGCAGGACACGAACAGCCGUAUCUCGAGCAUGGCCGCCGCCGUGCAGAUACCGUCGGCAAAAUCGGGUAGCCCGGCAUUCAUGUGCUCCAAUGCGGGCUACUCGUCUACCCUCUCCUCCUCCGGCGAACCUCCUCCGCCGCCGGCGCCAAUGUCCUCGUCGUGUCCGCCGAACAUUCCUCAGCAGAUCUUACCCAGUCUAUUGAAGCCCUGCCCACGAUGUCAAGAGGGCCUUCUCGAAGACGGCUACCGGGCGGCGGACUCGGAGUCCAAGGCAGCCGUGAGCGUGCAGACGGACGAGGUGACGACGACGACGACCAGCACUGCUGCGGCAAACGUGAACGGUGGCGGUCGCGACUCGGCCGAUGAUGACGAGGAGGCCGACUGCCUUCCGCUCGAGGAACGCCUUCAGCGACUGCAGGAAGACAAGCGGCAGCUGGCGCAGCACAACAUGAACCUGCAGAAGGAGCUCGACGAGCUCAGGGCCGCACAGGACAAACAGAAGGUGUGCGCCAUCGAAGAGCACGAGAGGAUGCAAGCGGAGCUCAGCAGUGCCAGGGACGCCCUGUCAGCUUUGAAACAAGACCGCAAGCGGCUGAAGGCAGAGAAGUUCGACCUGCUGAACCAGAUGAAGCAACUCUACGGCACACUGGAAGACAAGGAGAAGGAACUGCGCGACUUCAUCCGGAACUACGAACAGCGCAUGCACGACAGCGACCACAGCCUCAAGCAGCUGGCGCAGGAGCGCGAGGAGUGCGACCGCGAACGCUGGAACCUGUUGAAGCACGCUCGAGACGAAGCCGAGCGCAGCGUGGCCCUGCGAGCGCAGCUCGGCAUCAAGGAGGCGCAAGUCAAGCAGCUCCAGGAACAACUGCAGCAGGUUCAGGAAAAGCUGACGUACCUGUCAGACGUGGAGAGCCUGCAAGGCAUCGCUGGAAGCAGCAACGGCUUCCAGCAAAGCACGAUGUCUCGACGAAGCUGCCGCAGUCCUGCUCUUGGAAGCGAGCCGCCAAUGGUUACUCUGGGGUACGACUCCAGCCCCAGCCACCACGCGGCGAGUAGCGGCGGCAGCGGUGUAAUGGACAGCCCCAAAAAGUCGCCGGUGUCGGCGGCCUCGGCUUCGGCGCUGCCGGGCCUCUCGCGUUCUGCAGAGGAGAUAUACCAGAGCAGCGGGUCGUCGGACGCGAGCGCGCCCCGGGGAGCCCCGGGAAAGCCUAAGAAGCGCCGGGACGGCCGCUCGCCCUGGGGUUCCAUCUCCAGGGUGUUCCUCAGGGCGCGCCAGAGGAAAGCACUCGAGCCGGCGCUCUACGGCGCCACCACGGGCCCGGAGUCGUCGCCCCAGCACCACGGUCACCACCUGCAGCUGCAGCAGCAGCGGCAGAGGUGCUCGUGGUCCCCGCAGGGCGGCGCAGGUCCCAGCCUGGGUGGUCCUCCGUUGCUGACGCAAGAGGAGGCAGCCGAGAAGCUGCGCCUGCUGGAAGAGGCCCAGGGGACGCCCAUGGAGCGCUGGAAGGCGCCCACGGUUCUCGCGUGGCUCGAGCUGGCGCUCGCCAUGCCUCAGUACGGUCCCAUGUGCGCCGAGAACGUAAAGAGCGGCAAGAUUUUGCUGGAGCUUUCCGACGCCGAGCUGGAAGCAGGACUGGGCAUCAAUAACGUCAUGCACAGGAGGAAGCUGCGGCUUGCCAUCGAAGAGCACAGGGAACCCUCGAUAUGCCCGUACCCCAAGAUGUGCCUGGUGACGCACACGUGGGUGUGCGGCGAGUGGCUGUCCAGCCUGGGCCUGUCUGCGCACGCGGACAGCUUCCGCGCGCAGCUCGUGGACGGCCGGGUCCUGGACACUCUCAGUCGGAGGGACCUCGAGAAGCGCCUAGGGAUGGCGAACCGACACGAGCAGACGUCCCUCCUUCGCGGCGUGCAGCUCUUGCGAGCCCUGCGGUUCGACCUGCGCGCGCUGGCGCACAGGAGGGCGCACUGCCGCCACCUUGACGUCGACCCCUUGGUGUGGACAAACCAGCGGUUCAUCCAGUGGGCGCGCUCCAUCGACCUCGGGGAGUACGCGGAGAAUCUUCGCGACAGCGGCGUCCACGGUGCCCUGGUCGUGCUGGAGCCUUCGUUCACGGCCGACACGAUGGCCCAGGCGCUUGGCAUUCCCGUCUCCAAGAACAUCAUCCGGCGGCACCUCACCACCGAGCUCGAGAACCUCGUGCAGCCGGCCAGGAUGUCCCUGGAGGCGGAAGCCGUGGUCGAGAGCAAACGUAGCAGCGGCGAGCGGCUGUCCUCUGCCACGGGAUCCCUGGGACGCAGCUUCGGACGCUCCCGGGCUCGCUCCUCCGAGAGGGGCGCCUCGGACAAGAGGCGCUCCAGCAUACGGGACUCCCUCGGCCGUGUGCUGGGCUUCAACUCACUCCCGAAACCCAGCACGAGUGGCCUGGGCUCGUACAACGUGACGACGACAUCGGCGGUGCUGUCGAAGCCUCCUCCGGCGCCGCGAGUGUAUCGACCCAGCACUCCCCAGCCGCAGACACGGCCGCCGCAACCGCAACAGCACCGGCGCGUGUUCUCGCAGGGUACCAUCGAAACGCUCACCGUGACGCCGGUGUGAACAGCGCCAACCCCGUGUGCACCGUGCGUUACGAGAAACAGUCGUCAACGAGACGUGUACUUUCUCGCGUGCGCAGUCACGUCGCGAGUGCGUUCGGGACUGUAGCUAAGAAAUAGUGUUUUAGGCAACGCCACCUAGAACUCCUAGUUCUAGGUGGUAUUAGUUUAGGUGCUCCGUAGAACACAACCCUCCCAUACGGACGACUGUCAGGAGACGCGUGGCUCGCCUCGUUCGCAAACGCCUGCGAAGGAACGUGCGGGAAAAGGACGCAGUCCAUUCCAGCUACGUGAUCGUCGGAAAGAAUUUAAAGGGAUCGAAGAAUGUAUUCACCAAGGCAAAGAGCGAGAGUGUUCGAAGCAUCCACGAAGGUUGAGGCUUGUUCGAGAAGUGUUUUCCCCAGGAAGUAUGCCGAACAUUCGUACAUUUUACCUUCUUCGCCAUUUCGAAAACAUUCGCUUUUUCUUCCGCACGUCGUCAUGCCAUGUGUGCGUCAUGCCAAGUGGGAGGACGUACACGUUUAAAGAUAUGCACCUUUAUAGAACAAGUCCGCUUCCUUGCAUUAUUUUUGCUUCUGUACGUUAUUCCCUCGUUCAAGGGGUUCAGACGAAGUUUUCAAGCUAAAAAGGGGGUAAAUUGUGAACGUAGAAAAGCACAUCUGAAUGGCUAAUCAGGCCGACGCAGAAUAUUCACUGUCUCUUUGUAAAAUGAAGCUUCUGAUGUCCAUGUCGCACCAUUGCAAAGGUAUAUCGCAUCUGUUACUUUAAAAACGACGUGACAAACGAUUUCAAGAAACCUGAGUGAAUUCUUCGCCACGCCUCAGAACCCACUUGUCCAAUUACAUUGACAGCAGUAUUUGACCGUGAAUUCGGUAAUUUGAAUUCGCUGUGAAAAACGCCCCUCCAAGUUCACAGUCCAGCUUAAAAGGUACAUCCAAGUUAGCGGGUAACACUGCUAGGUGCUUUGAACUGCGAAUGCUGGCAAAAAGCGUAUUGGCCCACUGGAGAAGAUAGCGCAGCUCAACCCGUGAAGUGCGCUGCCGUCGCCAGCGACGGCUGCGCGUUCGACGAGUUAAGGAGAAAAGUCAGUGCUGAAAAAGAGGGUAACAUGCAAUUGUCCAUAGCUAUCUUGAUACAAGAUGCGUCGCUUAACUUAUGGUGCGUAUGAUUUGGUGAUGUCGUAGCCUAAACCCUGACAAAAUUUCAUAAAACCGUUUCAGGGCCCCUUCAAACAAUGUAUUCUCAGCCUUUGACAACAACUCCUCCUUAUUAGCACGAAACUGCAGAGAAGGCGAUGUCUUCUUUGACACUUACCGAAAUCUGUGCAGUGUGGAAGGCCAAGUGGCUGCGCUGUACUUUCAAGGUAAAAAGCUUGCGAAACAUUCGUACUAUCGUACUUUUUAUUUCCUCCCCUUUUGUUUCUCACAAGCAAACUAAAAAGUCUCGUAGAGAAGUGAUGGCGACCCCUUAUGUGCAUCGUGUAGGCAGUGUGAAGAUUUUCCGUACUUGAAAUUUUUUGAAAAGAAAGAAGGAACGAAACACACGUGUUUUGUCAGGGAAACGUGGAAGGGGAAGUUUUUCCUCCGCGAGGACACCGGGGGACCGUACCUGAUACGUGCAUGAACAG